ACAUCGUUCUCUCCGUCCCGCCAACUACUUCCACCUUCAGAGAGCUAAACCGAAACUCGUCGCGCCGACGCAGUUUUUGAUGCUCUCCUCCAACUCUCUCCGCAAUUUCUCUCAGCAUAGUUCGCGCGUCUUCAUCCAUCUCCGGCCUCAGAAGAAGCCGAUUCUCUCUCUCGCUCUAUCGACGGCCGCGGAAGAAAUGGACUCGCAAUCACCCUGCAUUCUAGUUCUAUCUGGGAAAUCGUCUGCAGAAAUAGAAAUUGCGAAAAGUUUGAAGAGCAGUAAUACUCUCAAACUCCCUGCCAACGGCGAAGUUAGAAUCUUCGUUCAUCCAGAAAUUCCAAGGCCACCAAGUGAAGAUUCUUUCCAAAUUGAUUUGUUUCUGAAGUCCCUUUUGACAAAUCAGUUUGGUAGGCUUUUCAUUUGGUCUCCACGCUUGCCAUCAACUCACGACGUCGUUUCGCACAACUUUUGCGAACUUCCUAUUGGUGCAGUCUGUGCUGCUGACGUUCAAUCAAAAGGACGAGGAAGGUCAAAGAAUGUUUGGGAAUCUCCAAUUGGUUGCCUCCUAUUCUCUUUUACGAUUCAGAUGGAUGAUGGGAAAAUCGUGCCUCUUCUGCAAUAUGUGAUUUCACUGGCUAUUACUGAGGCUAUAAAGGAGAUAUGUGACCAAAAUGGACUUCCCUACCUUGAUGUUAGAAUAAAAUGGCCCAAUGAUCUUUACCUAAAUGGCCUUAAAGUUGGCGGCAUUCUGUGCACAUCAACUUAUAAGUCAAAGAAGUUCAAUGUUAGUGCCGGUAUUGGCUUGAAUGUCGAUAAUGAGAAACCAACUGUAUGCUUGAAUGCAGUCUUGCGAGAAUUGUCAAUUGCUUCUUACAAAUUUACACGGGAGGAUAUCCUUGCAGCUUUUUUCAAUAAAUUUGAGAAUUUGUACAAUCUAUUUAUAUAUCAAGGAUUUCAAGCUCUAGAGGAGCUUUAUUAUAAGACAUGGUUACACAGUGGUCAGAGGGUAAUCGUACAGGAGAAGAACGAGGAACGGGUGGUGGAAAAUGUUGUUAGUAUACAGGGACUGACGCCAUCAGGGUACCUUUUGGCUGUUGGUGAAGACAACCAGAUGUGUGAGCUUCAUCCCGAUGGCAAUAGUUCCUCUGCGAUGGUCUGCUUCGAGUGUUUUUGCCUUCAUUGGAUUCAUCAAAACUCCAAAUAUCCUGUAAUUUCUUGCUUGUUUUCAUUCCUACGCAGCGCACAUGCUAUAUAUAUUACGCAUAUUCAUUAUGUUUUGAAUUUACUGGCGAUAUGCACAGACCACCGAUCUUGCCUUUUCCGGUUUAUCAUGCCAUCGUGCUUGGGUGAUUGAACUGGCCAUUGUUAUUAGUCAAAGCACAAUGUUGACUGACUUUGCUGUGAGAGAUAACUUGCCCGUUGGACUGAACGCAAGCUGUUUUGCUAGGAAAUACGCGUAAAUGGUUCUUGAUAACUAUGUCCUCUGUUCACAAUCUUAUGUUAUGUGAUACAUCUUUUCUUCUCACAUGG